AUGGACGACAGGCGCAGAUCCUCCGUGGAAGGCUGGCAUCACUACGCUGGCGAAUGUCACACUGUGCAUAUUAAAGAUCGUGGGGACUGGAUCGGACAAGGACCUUCAGGAGGGAUGGCAAAUAUCAACAUGAUAGUCUCAUUGUGUUUCCUGGAGGACUUAGACAGACAGACAGACUUCCCAAUGGCUCCAUCGACUGCACUAUUUACGCUAGGGGUGUUCAGACCAGAAGUCCUAGGCUGCGGUGGCACCCGGCUGCGGUGGUGCCCGGCUGCGGUGGUGCCCGGCUGCGGUGGCACCCGGCUGCGGUGGUGCCCGGCUGCGGUGGUGCCCGGCUGCGGUGGUGCCCGGCUGCGGUGGUGCCCGGCUGCGGUGGUGCCCGGCUGCGGUGGUGCCGGCUGCGGUGGCGCCCGGCUGCGGUGGCACCCGGCUGCGGUGGUGCCCGGCUGCGGUGGCACCCGGCGGAAGUAG